GCACAUUCACAGUGUACAUCACACGCGACCAACCGUCGAUCGUCCGCUACAGUCGCUCGCCUGCGUACGGCAGCAGAUCAGUCAAACGAUUUUUUACAAUUUGCGCUCGCUUGCACGCCCGCACACACGUUCUCGUAUGCUUAUGUAUAAAUAAGUACGAAAUACGCGUAUAUAAUAAGCGCCAGCACCGCUGCUGCUGUUGGGACGUCGUAUAUCUGUCGCGUGUGUGUGUGAGUGUGAGUACGCAGAUAUAAUAAUAGCAAUAUUGCUGCAGCGCUGUAGGUAAAGCGGUACAACUGCAGUCGUCGUCAAUAAAAAGGUUCAACGCAGCCGGUGUAACACGACGGGCACCCGGAAAAACGCGGUCAUCUCGACUGCACUUCACUUGAGAUCAACUGCAAGUGUCGGUGGAGUCACGUCAGAAAACACAAACACUUUGCUGACAAAAGACUAACAGCCAAACAUUACCGUUCUUCAGAUAAACCAAAAUGACAUCUUCACAGACCUCGACGACAUCGGUUCGACAAUGUUCCGUCUUGUCGGCCAUUCUACUGCUGUUGGUAGCGGUAGUCGCCAGUUUUCCAUCAAGUGCUCGGUCAUCCGCCAUACGUCCUGCGUUGUCCACCGCAUCGACCGAUGCCGCUGCUUCGCCGUUAGUGCCGAGCAGUUGGCAAGGAGCUUCAGCCAACUACCCUGACGAACCGGCAUCGGCCGCCGGAAGGACCGUGGUGGUCCGAAAAAAAAGAACAUUGCUCAAACUCAAGCCACUCAUCGUACUACCGGUCAAAGUCGCUUUGGGCACCGGCGCCAAGCUAGUGGCCGGGGCUAAGCUCGGAGCCAAAGCUGUUGGAUUGGGCUCAAAGGCAUUGGGCGUCGGUCUCGUUGGACUGAAAGCCGCCCAUAAAGUGACGAAAGUGACAGUAAAGGCUGCCACCGCUCUGGGCGUCAAGGCAGUGUUGCUCAAUUUUUUGUUCCAGAAAAUCAAUCAGGUGAUCGAUUUCAAGACCCGCUUGCUCAGCAACCUUGACCAGCGCAACCGGCAACAAAAUGCACAAUUCCUGUCACCAGUGUUGCCUCAAUCCUCUUCGUCUUCAAAAUCGGGAUCGAUUGGAAACAAGGAAGACGACGACUUUCUGGCAUCGGUACCAGGCACUAGCGACCAACAAGUUUUGGCCCAAGAACAGACGAAAUCUUCAGCCACAGCACCGGCAGUGGCGCCGCUGGAAGACGACAGCGAAGUGACAUUCGAUGCCAACAAAGUUACUCUACAGGUUCCGGACAGGCUAUUUGGUCCCAGUUUCACGGCUGUCAACGGCAUAUCACAAGCCAUCGGCAACGUUAUACAGAACGCAGCUGGCAGAUUGGCUCGGCUCGUGGACGCUAUCAAGGCGGCCAUUUGGCGCAAAGCGGCCAGCCUCUCGUCUAUCAGUAAUUCGAGUGGUAGUUUUGGUGGCAACGGAGGCUCAUCAGGCACGUUAACGGCAAACAGAGGAUCUCGAGACGCAGCGRCUGAUCUGCAUAGCAACGACGGAUUGGACUUGGACCCACUUGAUGAGGCAGCGUCCGCGCCGUCUGCGUCAUCCAAGAAACUCAAUGCGACUGAUUUGGGUGCAGAUGCCACUAAUACAGGUGGUGGAAGCAACAAGUGAUACUGCCGUAGUGACGGUUCAUAACAGUCGUUGUAUAUUAGCUGUCAUUCCAUUAGCAUAGCAAUAAAGUUUUUGUKACCGAAUAAUAAUACUAUUGUGAUAUCGUACGUCUACCUAUCGAACGAUGUGUAAAUAUUACGAUGUAUGAAUAUUAUACAAGGUGGAUGUCAGCUCAACGAUCGAUUCCUCUCAUUAUUAAAAACUGUUGAAAUCUUAUAAUUUAUAAUACUUAUUUUUGGUUACAUUUCAUGAGUAUUUGUAAGAUAUAACUUACGUCUUGCAUGAUGGUCGAGUAUCGUCGACUUCAAAAUUUCAUAUUACCUUCCAUUUUUAUAAUAUACAGGCGCGCAUACAAUGAAGGCGUCGGAAUAUUUUCAAAAAAAAAAAGAUUCUAAAUGGAUAUUAUAUACAUGGGCGAUGGGCUUUCAUGAUUUUUUAUAAAGAUAAAAUACUUUUAUGACAACGUAAUAUUGAGUCUAUUAAAUCGUUUCCUUUACAUGCGCCUGAAAAUACAAUAUAUUGCCUUUUUUUUAUUAUAAAAUAUAUAUUUUUUAACGAAUUUAAGAUUUUACUCUUUUACACAAUUUUCGGUAAUUUAAAAGAUUGGCGAUAUUUAUGAACGAUUGUCUUCGCUCUGUGUGUAUCUAUUAUAUAAAUAGUGCACGAGUAUAAUAUUAUAUACAUUUAAAAAAAAAUACGGUAGACCUGAAUAUAGUUUAUGUUUAAAUUGCAUGUAUAUCUAAGUGUAAACGGGGAUUUUUUUGUUGUAAAUAAUUAUUAUUUAUAGAUAUUAAAUAUGUUAUACUAUUAUUAUGUUUUUAAAUGAUAAUCAAAACUAAAUAGAAAACAUGUAUUAUAACCUAGGUAUAGUGAAUAUAUGAGAGUAUGAACAUUUUACCUAAUAUUAUUGCCAUGUUUACAUACGUAUAUCAUAAACUAUUAAUUACAAAUAAUAAUAUUAACUAUAAUCUAUAUAGGUUAUAGAAUGUAUAAUGUAUAUCGUCAACAUUUGUAGUUGCACACCUCAUAUUGUACAUUAUUAUUAUAAGAGCAAUUUUUUUCACAGAGUGUUGAAUUUUUAUAUUGUAAUAUUUAGUUGUAUAUUGUUGUGUACCUAUCUUGGGUAUAAAAGGGCCUGUGAUCAAUUGUAUUUAUAAAUUAGUAGAUUUUUAUACAUUGAGUGUUUACUUAUAAACUAWUACUCGUGUACCAAAAUACACGUUAUAUUAAUCAA